CACUCACCGAAGAGAAGCCGCCGCCUUCUUCACCGCCACCGUUCCUAUUCUAGCUAAAAUUCUCCAUUGUUCUCGCUCUCACUCUCUUUCUCUCUCUGUCUAUCUCUCUCGCAUACAUACACAAAGCACGGUGCUAUCCUCAGUGGAACAACGUUGUAUCAAUCUCAAAGAAGUAAAACCACACAGAAACAAUGGCUGGUGGUCGAUUCCGCGAACUGAUGAAGAAAUAUGGCAAAGUGGCUCUCGGCGUUCACCUGAGCGUUUCCACAGUUUCCAUUGCCAGUCUAUACGUCGCCAUAAAGAACAACGUCGACGUCGAAGCCAUUCUCGAGAAGUUCCACAUGGGUGCCGUCUCCGACCAGAAAAACCCUAACCCUAACGACGAAGACGCCUCUCAACCUCCUAAGAACCGGACGGCGCAGCUCGCCGCCUCCGCUGGCGGAGCCUUCACGCUUGCGAUCCUCUGCAACAAGGCGCUGUUCCCCGUGCGCGUUCCCAUCACCGUCGCGCUCACUCCCCCAAUCGCAAGGUUCCUGGCGCGGAGGAACAUCGUCAAGAGCGGUGUUUGACCUGGAUUCGGUGCGUGGUGUAUUCUUCUUUCUUGUGACGCGGAUCGUGAGAUUAUAUUUAUAUUAGUAUACCUUGUUGCAUGGAUGGGUUUUUUGAGACCUGAAAGUGGAAUAACAAUAGGGUUUUACUUUUCUAAGAACUAGUUUUUCUGCUUAAUAAAGGUCCUGGUAUAUACUUAGUUUAAUUCAUUGGGUUGGCUGGAGUAAUCGAGUGGACAAAACUUACGUGCAAUUCUAAAAGGUCAUUUUGAUAUUGUUCUAUCAUCAGAAUGGGAGUCUUAGUUGGAAAGAUAUACACACAAAAACUAAUAUAAGUGUGAUGAUUUUGAGGGAUAGGUUUGUGUGUAUCUCUCAUCAACUUAACUUACCCUGUACUAGAGAGGAUACACUCUCCUUAUGUAAAACUUUUAUUGUGCAACUCAAUGCAAACUUUUAUGAUGCAAAUUGCCAACUUAAAGUUCCAUUGAUGUUAGAGGUUAUCGCCAAAGGCACUUACAAAAUUUAGUCUGUUUUAUCCUUUCAAAAUUUUCUAAUUGGUUAAAAUUACGUUUUUAUACUUUGUAACAGUGAGAAUGAUGAGACAUGUAACUUGUGUCUAGUUCGUUUUCAUGGUUUUAGAAGUAAAAUUGGAAUAAGGAAUAAAAUUUUGAAUUAAUGAAUUUGCUUUUCCACAUAGCAUUGUUUCAGGUAAAUAGAGAGGGAAGAAAGGGAAAAGAAGUAGAUGGGAUAGAAAUACCAAAUCAGUGUAUAGGCUUAGGUUUAUUUGUGAUGAGAGCUGGAUAUAUGGUGAUUUUUUAUCCCAAGAAUGUGGAUAGUUUAGUGGACAUGAUUAUAAAGAUUAUUUGAUCGUUACGGGUAUAAGAUCAUUUGAUUGCUACUUGAUUAACCCUAAAGUAUUGUAUUUUGAGUUUAAACU